AUGUUGAGAUCACUCAGCAGAGAUAGUUUCACAACAUUAAUAGAGGAGAAUGAUGACAAUGAAAAUGAUGACUUGCAACUGCAACUGCAACACGAAAAUACAGAGGAGCUUACAUCUGAUUUGAUCUCAUUGAUUUCACAAGAAACAUUGAUAAAUACCAGUGUCCAAAUCAUGAAUCAGAACGUAUCACAGUUCAAUAAACACUAUGAAUUACCAUUAAUACUGAGCUAUUUGCAUACAGGAGUUAGUUUGUAUCUAAGUUUUCAGGAUCUCCUCAAUAACAAGCCGCCCCUCUUAACGAGAACAUCGUCAAUGAUGAAUAUUAAUAACUUGUUACGACGACCAUUUAGAAAUUCUUCAUUUUUGACCAUACACAAGCAUGAGAGUAUGAGUAAUAAGUUUGAGUUUUGCCAUGUUGAUUUCAAAAUACACUCUAAUCAUAUUACCUACUACAUUUUAAAGUUCCCAACAUUAGAUGAAACGAUAUACUUAAUUAACAACAAUAGCUCUAAGCCUACUGUUGAUUUUGAAUACAAGAAAACAUGUUUUAGAAUUACAGGAGUUACAGGCACAACCUCAGUGAUUGGAGUCUCGCCAGAGAUAAAGUUAUAUGUAAUGAAUCCCAAUUCCAAGAAUCUAUUAACUUAUAAUACAACAGUGUUGAAUGGCAAAAAACUUCAGAUAAAUAAUGGCUUGAGCAAAUUAGUUAAUAGUCAAGAUCAGUCACGAAUAAAUGAGAUGUUGAGGAACGAGAAGCCAGUGAUUAGCAUUCCUAUGGGUAGGUAUUUAGAUCAAGGUGAUGCCAAAUUGAAAUUAGACAACAGCAGCGUUAACGGCGGUGCUACUAAACACAAACUGAACGUAAUAAAGCAUGGUGUAAUUAGAUUGUUUGAUUAUAAGGAAGAAGAGGAGAAUGCAGAAAGUAAUACCGUAAGUAAUGACAUGCUAGUGUUGUGCUGUGUAUUAUUAGUGUUGAGAGAACAAGAAUACAGGAAGUUUAAAAGUGGUUAA